CGUCUCGCCACAGUUGAAAUAAACGACUUUACGACACUGGCGGAUUUGCUAAAAAACAUACAAUCCUUGUGGCUAACGAGCUGGUUUGGCUCCCACAACAACAACAGCAACAGCAGCAGCAACAGCAACAACAACAACAGGAGAAGGAAACAGCAAAAAGACGCCGGCUCUGUCGAUGCUGGCGUUUACACGCUACAACAGCCGCAUAAAUUUCCGCUUCAAUUGGACGUGUACGGCGGUAAUUGCAGCUUUGAUUACCAGCAACACGAACUGCCAUCCGGACAUUACCAACAACAGCAGCAACAGCAAGAGCGACAACAACAACUAGAACGCGCCGCAUCAGCAGCUCAAGAGCAAUCAACACUUUCCAUACAGCAUCUAAAACAGCUGAAAAAUCAGGGCAAAAGGCAGCGGCAACAGCAGGCGGAGCAGUGGAGAUUUUUAAGAAUUUCCUCCGAUAUUAACGAGACGAAAUUUAUUGAAAGUUCAGCGGCUCAAACAAUGGACGAUAUGGUUUAUCAAUGCAGCAAUCAGAACUCGAUUUACGUACUCAAUGCCGGCUACAAUCCAACAUACGGCGAGCUUGGCGCACAUGCGUUGGCAGCAACAGGGCGUGAAAUGAAUGGCAGCAGCAGCAGCAGCUCGGGCAGCAGAACAACAAGCAAUUCAAUUGGGGCAAGUUGUUCAAGUGCCGCCUGCAGUUUGCAGCAUAAAUUCAAAACUUUUGGCACAGCCAACGCCAACUCGUCAGCUGCGGCAGCAACAGCCACAUCAACAAUAACAAACCCAGCAGCAGCGGCAACAACAACAACGAGCUACGUAAAUCCGAUCGCUACAUCAAUGUCAACCGCAAUGUGUUCACCGGCAACGGCAGCGCUGCAGAAAUUGUUCAAUUGCAACGUCACAGUCGGCGGCGGCGUUGGAUCCAUUGGCGACAACUGCCAAAAUGUCAGCCACAGAAAUCAGCAGCAGGGCCACAGCAACAGCAGCAACAACAACAACAAUUGCCCAGUCGGGAGCCGUAACAAUAGCUGCCUGUCAGCAACAGCCUCGCAUAGAUGCCGCUGCGUUGCGCACGAGGACGCUGCAAAUGGAACUGGCAAUGGAAAUGGAAAUGGGAGUGGAUGUGGAUGUAAAAGUGGAUGUGGAAGUGGAAACGGUGUGGCAACAGCAGCAGGUGCACUUCCGUUGCUUGGCGCCGUGGCCAACAGGAAGAAAUGCACCAAUGUCAAAUCAACGCUUAUUGCCAAGAAGACAAAGUUUUUGAAAAUUCUCGAAGAAGAGAAAUGGCGCAGCAACCAGCAGCAGCAGCAGCCGCAGCAGCAGCUGACACCGGAUGAGGCGGAAGCUUGCGGUGCCACACAGCAGCCCAGCAGGGCCAACAGCAAUAGGGCGGAUCCCCACGCAGCGUCCACGUCCACUUCAACGGCCGCAUCAUCAUUUGCAGCUCACUCAGCCGGCAAGGAUAACAACAGCAACAUGAAAAAUCACAACAGCAACAACAACAACAGUCAAGAGGCAGCAGGCGUGGGAGCUGGAGCUGGAGCAGAACAACAGCAAAAUAAAUUGAACAAUUGGAGCAUGCAUAAUGACAACAACAACAAGUUGGCCAACUACACGCAACAACAGGAACGCGGAGCGGGCGAACGGAAGCUGGAGAGUUAUAAACAAGCCAACAGGUCCUCCAGCUAUGAGCUGUACCAGGAGGCGGCGGACAUACUAGGACUGAGCUGCAGCCUCUGUGAUAAUUGCCGUUGCUUGGACUGCCAGAGCGGGUACUUUGAUUGCGCCGAUGAUGAUGACGAGAGCUACUCGGAGCAAUCACUGAUGGAUGAGUACGACGAUGAAUACGACUAUGGCUAUGGCUACGAAGAGCAGAUGCUGCUCCCGUCCGGCCACACUAAUCAGUCAGCCAUGACACAGGCGGAGGGGCAGCGGCAGCGAGUCUCGGAACAGGAGCAGCAGUUAGAGCUGUGCUAUGCAGUUGAUUGCCAACAGAAUUGCAGCAAAGUUGACGGCCCACCAGAGUCGCAGGAGUCCGGAUCCGAGUGGAUGUCGAAGUCUGAGCAACGCUUGGCCAUAGAUUUUGAUUUAAUUAAUGCAACCAGCAGCCAAGUGCUGGAAAAUUGUUCAACAUUCAACGAUUUAAGUUUAUUGGAUGCCGAGCAGCAAGCGAAGCCAUUUACGUAAAUUAAGAUGAUAAACCGAAAACCAAAUGAAAA